AACCCUCUCACCUCAAUUUGGUUCAAAAACAGAGCAAAAAACAACAAGAAUAUAAUACAGAACAGGGGCGAUCCAGGGAAUCAAGAACACAAGACAGGACAAUGGCACAUAGAUUGAAUAUGUUAUUCCUCGCGACAAUAGCCUUGGCGGCUUUAUUACAGAACUCGGCUGCUCAGAGCACUUAUAACGUCGGAGAUGCUUCAGGGUGGACAGUCCCUCAAACCGGUGCCGUGUUUUACAGUACAUGGGCAGGAAAUAAAACUUUCAGAGUCGGUGACACUCUCGUUUUUAAUUUUGCCAGCGGAAGUCACAACGUGGCCGGAGUGUUAAAGGCAGAUUUUGAUGCCUGCAACACUGCAAAAACCCAGUUUGUGAACAGGACUGGACCCGCAAAUAUUGUCCUGAAUUCCACUGGCGAACGUUAUUACAUCUGCACCUUCUCUGGCCACUGCAGCGCCGGUCAGAAAUUGGCGAUCAACGUCAGCGCUGCGACUCCAUCUCCUGCUCCUCAGCCCUCUUCCCCUGCACCUUCACCAGCCACUCCUUCGCCCGGCCCUAGUGCCACUCCUGCUCCUCUCCGCACUCCUACUUCCCCUGCCCCUGCUCCCAGUCCUGGCUCUUUCCCUUCCAGGCCUUCGCCAGUUUCCCCACCCACAGCUUCUUCUCCUCCUCCAUCCCCUACCGCCACAUCAUCACCUACCUCAGCACCACCUUCGUCUUCCACCACCCCUCCUUCUCCCCCAGGCAGCUCCGCAACAUCUCUAGGCGUUGCCGGUCUCUCUGCUACACUCUUGUCCCUAUUUGUAGCUGUCUUCUUGUGUUAGAUUCGAAGUUAGGGCAGAUUUAUUGAAUUUGUGUGAUGCGGAGACAGAUAUUCAUUUUUAUGCGAUGUAUUUCUUUUAGAGCUGGAGUUGUCUGAAUGAAAUUAAUAAAGCUGUUUUUGAUAU